GCUGAGUAAGCCUUGCCGUGGCUGCUGUCUCCCUCGUCGGAAGGAAGGUCGCCGGGCAAGGAAACGCUGAUUUAUCAUUAGCGGGAGGCUCGUUUGUAACGAUGUCUCUUCUAUUUGGAAGAGUCCGAUGCCUCACGAGCCUAGGCAACAUUAUGAGGCAGACUACGCCAUUGGCGUCGGCACAAGCGCGCCGUUACGAGAGCCAAGAGGCCGCGUCGUCGCCGACCCAAGAAACUAGGCCCUCGGUGCGUAAGCCCCUGUACGUGCAGCGCUCCAAACUCGAGGACUUCGGAAGGUACGUGGCCGAGUGCCUGCCCAAGUACGUCCAGAAGGUGCAGAUAACGCCUGGUGACGAGCUCGAGGUUAUGAUCGCCCCCGAAGGAGUUGUGCCCGUGCUCAGCUUUCUCAAAGAACACCACAACGCUCAGUACACAAACAUAGUCGACAUCUGCGGUGUCGACGUACCAACGAGGGAGUACCGUUUCGAAGUGGUCUACCACCUUCUGUCGGUGUACUUCAACUCGAGGAUUCGUGUGAAGACGUACACCGAUGAAUUGACGCCGCUGGACUCCGCCACGGCAGUCUUCAAGGGCGCAAACUGGUACGAACGCGAGGUUUGGGACAUGUUCGGAGUCUUUUUCGGCAACCACCCGGACCUGAGGAGGAUACUGACGGACUACGGUUUCGAAGGGCACCCGUUCCGCAAAGACUUCCCGCUCUCGGGUUACGUGGAGGUCCGCUACGACGACGAAGUGCAGAGGGUCGUCGUCGAACCUCUCGAGUUGACGCAGGAGUUUCGGAAGUUUGAUUUGGCAACGCCGUGGGAAACAUUUCCGAAGUUUCGUUCAGGAGAAGCUGCGCAAGAAGUCGCCCUGCCAAGCGGUCAGGAAGAACCCAAAACUAGCAAAUAGAAAUUUUGGUAGGUCGGUUUAGCCGUGGUGAAAAAAGAA